UGCGCUGAUGUUCAGAUCAUCCGGGUCCCUGCCAUUGAGAGUGUCUGAAGGAGGCGGGAAAUGGCGUCCACAGAAGCAGUGCAACAGCGGACAGACUGGCGCUGAGUACAGCUAACCAGAGACGGCUAUAAACAGCGGCUGUCCCUGUCACGGGCACCAGCAGCCAGGCAAACACAGCCACGCCGGCAACGAGAUAUUGUGGAACCCGGCGAUCUUACAUGUGACGUUCAGGACGAUGAGGCUGAGAAUGCGCAAAGCUUCUCAGCAGCCAAGCCCCGCCCACACGCCCCGCUCGUCCCGGACCAAGCGGAAACACUCCGAGGUGGAGGAGUGCGCGCCCGCCAGCGGAGCGAAGAUGGAGAAGCCCGAAACGGGGAUCUUCUCCACCAUCAAGAAGUUUAUCAGAGGAACUGCCGUCAAGGUGGAGCAGGAGAAUCCGGCCAAGAGGAGCCGCGUCGAUCUGGACAACAACCUGAUCUCCUCCACGCCUCAGACUGGGGACAGGGCCAACCAGGGUGUGUCCCGGGCCCACCGGAGGGGACCCGUCAAUGGGGACACCUCGAACCACGACAGGAGCAAACGGGCGAAGCCCAACGGGAAGCUGGAGGAGCCGAGCAAGGUCGUGACCAGCCCGCCCCGCACCACCCUGCUGGGGACCAUCUUCUCCCCCGUCUUCAACUUCUUCUCACCAGCAAACAAAAACGGAACGUCAGGCUCAGAUUCCCCGGGCCAGGCGGUGGAGGCGGAGGAGAUUGUCAAGCAGCUGGACAUGGAGCAGGUGGAGGAGACCCCCACCUGCACGGCCACCGCCACCUCCACCGAGGGCGCGGGCAUCCCCCUCUUCCCCUGCGCUCCUGCCCCGCCCCUGCGGCCCCCGCCGCCCCCCGACACAGCCCCAGAGGACGGGGAGAUCGUCACAGACGCCGACCUGCCCCCACUCACAGCGCCCGGAUCCACUCCAGACAGCGGCUACUCCGAGGCCCCGCCCACGGCGCCGGCCGAGGGCUCGUACGAGGAGGACUGGGAAGUCUUUGACCCGUACUUCUUCAUCAAGCACGUGCCCCCGCUCACGGAGGAGCAGCUGACCCGCAAGCCGGCGCUCCCGCUCAAGACGCGCAGCACGCCCGAGUUCUCGCUCGUCCUGGACCUGGAUGAAACGUUGGUACACUGUAGCUUGAAUGAACUGGAAGAUGCAGCACUUACCUUCCCCGUCCUCUUUCAAGACGUCAUAUACCAGGUGUAUGUCCGGUUGAGGCCGUUCUUCAGAGAGUUCCUGGAGCGCAUGUCUCAAAUAUAUGAGAUCAUCCUCUUCACUGCCUCCAAGAAAGUGUAUGCGGACAAACUUCUCAACAUCCUGGAUCCCAAGAAACAGUUGGUUAGGCACAGGUUAUUCCGAGAGCACUGCGUCUGCGUGCAAGGAAACUACAUCAAGGACCUGAACAUUCUGGGGAGGGAUCUGUCCAAGACCAUAAUUAUCGACAAUUCACCGCAAGCCUUCGCCUAUCAGCUUUCCAACGGGAUUCCUAUCGAGAGCUGGUUCAUGGACAAGAACGACAGCGAGCUGCUGAAGCUGGUUCCGUUCCUGGAGAAGCUGGUUGAGCUGAACGAGGACGUGCGGCCCCACGUACGGGAGCGGUUUCGCCUGCACGACCUGCUGCCCCCGGACUGAGAGGAACGCACCCAGCCUACCCAGACAAAACAGAAAACAAAAAUGGACAAAACAAAUAACUCAUGGACAUGUAAAAACAAACAAACAAAAAAAAAAACUCUUUGGAAUACAACUAAAACAAUGCCAGUACUGUUGAAACUGCAACUUUUUAUGACCCACGUUGCUUUUAAAACUAUUGUUGAAGAAGAAGAAGAAAGAAAUGACAUCAACAGCAGGAAGUUCUCAAAGUGACUUUGCUGAAUAUAGAAUUUAUAAAUACAAAUCUAUCUCUUCUCUCUAUAUGAAUAUAUAUAUAUAUAAUUAUACUCGUGUAAUUGUAGGCAAGACCAGGAAGGGAUACUUUGUUGGACUGGCUCGUUUCUUUCCCCAUCCCCCUGGAGCGGUUUCUCUCUGAUUUGCUGCAGUGGCGUCUGGGAGGCAUUGUGUGAGCGGCUGGGAUUCUCCUCCUGUUUGAACCGAGAGCUUGGCUCUGCGCAGAAGGCUGAAGGCUGCCCGCGCUCCGUACGGUGCUCCACAGUUAGGCUGUCGACACAGGUUGACGGCAGACACUUCAUUUCAACAGGAAUGGCCAGUAAAACAAACUGUGUACAUAUGCUUUUUUUUCCCCCCGCCUUCUCCUUCAUCAGGUUUUUAAAACUUUAUACUUUUAGCCGAAGAUGAUUUCAUUAUGCAUUCCCUUUAUAGUUUAGGUGCUUUUUUGUAGUUUUAGCUUUUUUUGUUUUUAAAAGUUUUUAUCAUAUGUUGAAUGGCUGUUUUUCCUGCUUUGUCUGCUGGUAUAAUGUACAUUUGUUUUUUACGGGAAAAAUGUAGUUGUUGGUCGGUUCAUUAAAGAUGCAUUUAUAUAGUUUCUGUAAAAUAUUUCACUGUAGUUUUGAAACGGAUAUGACAAAUUGGGGGGAGAUGAAUUGUACUCUUGGAUAGGGUUGCGGCCUUGUGUAGAAUGGCAUACCAUGGCCCUUUAAACCAUAGUGAUGGCUUGUCUGUUCUGCCCUCUGUCAGUUUGUACACCAACUGCUAGUAUUUUAUGGUUAGUUUUGUUUAGUGUCAAUGCCAUUUUUUUUCUCUCAAUUUUUUGACAAGCCAAUGUUUUUGUGCGCAUUCUUUUUAUCAAAGUGGCUGUAUAAACUGAACAAUUUCCCCCCUCCCAAAUGUAUUAAAAACAUUUUAAUUCUUG